AUGAAAAACUGGGAUCAAACCCCUCUUCCCCCAGCGCUAUGCGGCGACGCGCUUUGGCGAUACCGGAGAGACCGCGAGACCAAGGAGAAAAGGCUCUGGGCAGAGAUUACGAUCAUGUACAACGGCGGAAAGAAUGAUUGCGACAGCGAGUUGGCCAAGAUUUUGCGUGGUAAACCAGAUGUGAACACACUCAAAGAAAUGAAAUUCUAUGACUGGGAAGUUGGAGGUGAGGCGUUUUCCAACCAUUCUCAAGUCCAUCAACACCACUCCUCUGUUAUCAUUGAAAAGGGUAGAAUGACAGAACAUGUUGUCAAUCUCAUCACCGAUUGGAUGAUAACAAAGAAAGGACAUGUGCUAGAAAGCGAAAAUGGGAGGUGUCACGUUCUUUGGGAUCAUAUUGGGGAACAAACUAGCCAAAAGAAGCCAGACGAAACAGCCUUUCCCUGGCGCACCGGGGAGUACGCACUUUCCAUGAAAGCAAGCUGGGAUAAUGAGGAUAAGGAGAAGGAAAUGAUUCGAGAAGUCCAAAGACUCCGGGACGAGCUAACGAAAUAUGCCAUUGGAGGGAAAGCGGCGUAUGUGAACUUCAUCGACAAUACAUUAAGUGGCUGGUGGGAUGCAUAUUACGAUACCAACUAUGAACGACUCCGGCAGGUGAAGGAAAUCUAUGACCCUGAAGAAUUCUUCGAGUUUCAGCAGAGUAUUCGAAAACCCCAGAGCGACCAUCCACAAAUAACUGCUGUACCAUCACGCACUGCUGCAGUCCAUCUGCCGGAAUUGGAUGAGAAGAAAGAUUUCCUCGAAGAUAUCGAAAAGGGUACCACGCGGACUGAAAAGCCAUUCCCUCAAGAUGCGCCCGCUCAGUCAGUAAGCGAUCUGGGAUACGGCGGUCUUCACAGUGGGCGUUGUCCUGCGGUGUCUUUGAAGCGAUACAUCCUCGGUCUUGUUUCUAGAUUAAAAUCAUAG